CCUCACUGAGUGACACAGUGAUGCCCUGUAGCCUGAGAGCAAUCGUACCAGACAGACAACCUGUUUUUUCCAAGACGGCUGGAAUAUGUCAAACGAGGGAAAUUCCAAAGUGAUAAAAGCUGAUAAAAAUUCUGGUCACAUUGAACUGGUGGGACUGGUGCUGUUAUUUCUAGCCUUGCUGGCCUCUAUGUGCCUCAAUGUCAUCCUCUGCGUCAGACGAAGAUCUUCUUUGUGCAGAGACAAAGAUGACUGCUGCUACUCACAGAUAUAUGAAGGGGAAAGCCUGUCACAGGAUGAAGGCCGUUAUUUUCAUUACCUCAAUCGUCACGAGCAGGAGGAAAAUCCCAACAAUCAUCACGAGCAACAGGAAAAUCCAAUCUACGGCAACAUCAGCGCAGACAGAGGAGGUUCUGCGGAGGUUUGCUAUGAGAUGAUGACCAUGCAACGCACAAGAGAUCGUUUGCAGCCCUUAGAGCCUGACCUGAACUAUGCCUCAUUGGAUCUGAAGGUGGCAAAGAAACGCAAGAAGAAGCAUCACCAUCAGCAAGACCAGACUCAGGGGCGAAACAAUCAGCUGCCAGUUCACCUCACACCCCCCGUCAAUGCUUUCUUGGAGGUGGAAGGAACCAUGGAUGCUCACCUUCUUUCCAGAGACACCAGCACCAUGGUCUCACACAGUAGCAUCUACCUGAACAGUCAACAGAUAGCCCAAGAGACAGAGGAGAUGGAAAGAGAAAGGUGCAUAAACAUGGAGAGGGAGGACGGGGGAUGGGAAGAAACAAGAAGGCGGGAGGAUCGGGCAACUAGAGAAUGGCAAGGAGAGCAAGAGAGCGAGGAAAGAAAAGAUAGACAAGAUGCUGGUCAUGGGACUGUAUGUACACCGCUUUCAGAGGUACAGGCUAUUCAGAUUGACACUGAUCAUUUCAUCGGCAGCUUUAGCCAAGAUGAUGACCAACAAGAUUAGACAGACUUCAUUUUAAGACUUAUUGCUUCAAACUGUUCAGAGUUUAAUUCUAGGCCACAUGGAAAAGCCAAUAAAGAUAUUAUCUAUUACUGUGUCUGCAAGAAUGAAAACUAUGUCAUUUUCGGUAUUCAGUGAGCCUCACACAGUUCAGCAAUUUCCUCUUUUAUGCAAACAAGCUACCUCUUGAACUCUCCACAUUGAGCAAGGCAGGAACAACAACGUACCCUUUCUGUGCAGAGGAUGAAAUAAAUGUAGGGGACAUAAAGAGAAAAGGAAACUGUGAGUGUGACAUUUAGAAGGCAAAGGCCACAUGGAAAUUUACAGUUUGUUGCGAAAGACAAGGAAAACAUUAAAUCACCAUAAGACAAGGAGGAGAUUUCACGGUUUUGAUGUUUCACAG